AUGCAUAAAUUAAAAAAAAAUCUCAAAUCGAUCAUAAAAGUUUUAAUAUUAAUUUCAGUAAUUAAUACAACUUCUGGAUCAGAUGCUAACAAAUACGAAGCCACCUGGGAGAGUUUGGAUAGCAGACCAUCUCCCAGUUGGUAUGAUGAUGCCAAAGUUGGAAUAUUUUUACAUUGGGGAGUUUAUGCAGUACCAAGUUUUGGCACAGAAUGGUUUUGGCAAAAUUGGCAAGGAUCUAAUGUGUCCUCCUACGUGGAUUUUAUGAAUCAGAACUAUCGACCGGGAUUUACAUAUCAAGAUUUUGGUACAGAAUUUACUACGGAACUGUUUGAUCCAAACCACUGGGCUGAGCUAUUCCAAGCUUCUGGGGCUAAAUAUGUUGUGUUAACAAGCAAACAUCACGAAGGAUACACCCUGUGGCCAUCAAAGUACUCUUUCAGUUGGAACUCCCAGGACGUUGGUGCUCAUAAGGAUUUAAUAGGUUUACUAGCCAACGCAAUUCGCAGCAAAACCAACUUACGUUUCGGUCUCUAUCACUCCUUGUUCGAAUGGUUCAACAGACUAUAUUUGGAAGACAAAGCUGGUGGUUUCAAAAACAGCAGUUUUCCAGACCUUAAAGUUCUUCCUGAAAUGUAUGAACUGAUCAAUACCUAUAAACCAAGUAUUUUGUGGUCUGAUGGAGAAUGGGAAGCUGAUGAUUCGUAUUGGAAAAGCAAAGAAUUUUUGGCUUGGUUGUACAAUGAGAGUCCAGUUAAGGAUGAGGUUCUCGUGAACGACCGCUGGGGAUCAGCAACUCUGUGCAAACAUGGUGAUUUCUACACGUGCAUUGACAAAUACAAUCCAGGUGUACUGCAAGAACACAAAUGGGAAAACGCCAUGACAUUAGACAAAGGAUCUUGGGGUUACAGAAGAAACGCAAGGUUAUCAGAUUAUAUGACGACCAAGGAGUUACUUAAAACCCUUAUGGAAACUAUUAGCUGUGGUGGAAACAUAUUGAUAAAUGUGGGCCCAACGAAAGAAGGAACUAUUGAUGUUAUUUUUGAAGAGCGUUUACGCGAACUCGGCGCCUGGAUGAAAAUUAACGGCAAGGCAGUAUACGAAACAAAACCCUGGUUGCACCAGAACGAUACAUUGACACCAGGAGUCUGGUUCACCACGCCCAAAAUAGAAAAUUCUGAUGUAGUAUACACUUUCUUCCAUGAAUGGCCACAAUCAGACCAUUUAGAAGUAGCAGUUUUGCACAAAUAUUUACAAGAAACUGGAACUAUCAAAAUGCUUGGAAAUCAAGAAGAACUUCAGUGGUCCAAAACGGACAAAAGUGUUGAUAUAAAUUUGCCUUACAAAACACCAGUAAAAGAUGCUUGGGUAUUGGAAGUGAAGUUAAAAUAA